ACAAUGCGCCAUUGUUGUUAGACGGUUGCAAAGCCCGCUGCAUUAUCUUAGCAAGCAACUAGAAAAAGACAAGAUAUAUUUAAAAAAAUGAGCGCUAUUAGUAUUUGACGCCAGUGUAGCAUCCCGAAAGUGGGAUUAGAAGGAAGUCAAGUCAGAGAAGCUGCUUUUUCGAAAGGAAGUUUGACAGAGCGAAGAGAGGACACAUGUCGUCUGCAGCAGAGACUGUGGAAAAUGCCUCCAUCAUUUCCGAGAGUGGGACCCAUGAGGGAAACCGCUUGUGGAUAGGCAACAUUGAUCCUAAAAUCACUGAGUAUCACUUGGUGAAGCUCCUGGAGAAGUUUGGAAACGUCAAACAGUUUGACUUCCUGUUCCAUAAGUCAGGGCCUCUGGAAGGGCAGCCGCGUGGGUACUGCUUUGUCAACUUUAACACCAGAGAGGAGGCCGAAAGAGCCAUCCAGUGCUUGAAUGGCAAGCUAGCGCUGUCCAAGAAGCUGGUGGUGCGAUGGGCGCACGCGCAGGUAAGGAGGUUUGAGGGUUUCCGCAACGAAAAGACGAUGCCUUCCAGCUUGGAGCCGUCAAGCAGCGGGGCGGCGGCGGAUGGAGCACUGACGACAAACCACCUCAGUACGAGCGCUAAGAUCCGCGCCAUCGAGGCCAAGCUGCAGAUGAUGGAGGAGAAUCCAGAUGAUGACCCGUCGGGCCCGUCUGCGUACGUCUACAACAAGCCACCGGAGAGGAAGCGCUGGGAGCCCUACUCCAAAUCACACAGCAGGCCCUUUCGGAGGUUUAGAAGAUGACCCGUCCUCCCACUUACCAUGGAGAAGCCAUCACUCCUACCACCUCCUAUAUUUACCUCUCUUGCAACACCUCAGAACCCACCCACAGCCCCCACCACCCCAACCACUACUCCUCCUGGAGCUUUUUCCCCCCACUGACUUUUAAUGAAAGAAUUUUUGUUGUGAACAAGCACGGACAAAAAAAAAAAAAAGACAUCAGUUUGUUGUGUUCUAGUAUCAUUUAGUUGUGUGUGUGUGUGUGUGUGUGUGUGUGUGUGUGAGAGAGAGAAGCGCCAUUCAGGAAUGACACCAUACAUUGAUUGAUUGAUUUGGCGUUGAAAUGCAUAACUGUGUUGACUGGAUUUAUUUUUUUACAUUUACAGUAUCUGCAAACCAACAAAAUAUUUUGAAGGAAUGUGUUUGAUGUAUAAGAUCUUUUUUCUUAGGUCCUACAGUUUUUUGUAUUAAAUUUCAUUUAAUCUUUAUCAAAAACUGAUAGUUUCUUUUUACUUAUCCAUUUUAGUGAUAUUUAUGCAAGAGUACAGCAUAGCCUGCUACUACUACUACUACUACUAGAGCUGUGUACAGAAUAUGUUUGAACCAUGUCAAAAUAUUAUAUUCUAAUGCUGUGUUUCAGCUUUUCCUGCAAUUUUUGUUUUAUAUGCAGCCUAAUUUUUGCUGUAAAAUGAUAUGUUUAAUAAUCGUUUUGCCUUAAUUACAGUAUUUAUGAAUUAGCACAUAAUAUCAGUAACACCUCGUGCAAAAAAAAAAAAACAUGUCAAAGCAUAAUCUAAAUGAUUCCAGUCCAAUCAAACAGUGCCUGCAUGUUUUGUCAAACGGAGAAAAGGCAUGCAAGCAAAUCAUAUCACGUUGCAACACAAAGCCCUUUAUUGUUCAUUCUAUUAGGUUUUUUUUGUCCUGAUGGCUUUUUUCCCAAGAAAUUGUACACAAACGAGCGUAUUCUACAUUUAUUUAACGAAUUUAAUGCGUUUAUUAUUAAAAUGUUUUUUUCUUGCAGCGUAAA